AAGCAGAAGCGCUCAAAAUGUCAUUGCUGAGGUUUGGAAAAAAACUGGCAUUCCUUGUUUGACCCGACGAAGGAAAAAACCCUUCUCUUUCCUUCCUUCUACUUCUCAUCUUCACACCUACUCUUUUCUUUUAUUUCACCAUCGCCUCUUUUUUUCUUUACAGUUUCGUUGCUUUCUCUCUAUAAUUACGGCUUUGAAUUUUCAAAUCAUAUCUUAGUCUUUCUUCUCUUUCGAGGGUUGUCUUUCUCUUCAUUUCUUUGUGGAGAGGCCGAUUCUUCUUCACUGUUCUGGUGUUAGCUCGUUUCUAGCUUUCUUCGAUCUCUUCAGUAUGGGUUCUUGAAAUCUCAGGUUUUACUGUUAUGAAGUUGGGCCGUCAUAAAUACGGUUAUUUUGGAGCUCUAACGUGUAACAGAUAGCAAUUUGAGGGAUUCUUUUAGCAAAGUUUUAUGGCUAUCUUCGUGAACAUGAUGUUGGGUAGACAUUUUCUCAAGAUUUUAAUUAGCUAUGGCCUCUGGUUUUUGCUUAGCUGUAGUUUGAGCAGUUGUACUGAGACUGAUAUUGCUUGCUUGAAGAAUAUAAAAGCCUCACUUGAAGAUCCUUUUAGUUACUUGAAGUCUUCGUGGGACUUUAACAACAAUACUGAAGGAUACAUUUGUAGAUUUACUGGGGUUGACUGUUGGCACCCUGAUGAGAACAAGGUCUUAAAUCUCCGGCUUUCAGAUAUGGGGCUCAAGGGUCGGUUCCCUGUUGGAAUCCAGAAUUGCACGAGCAUAACUGGUGUUGAUCUUUCAAGCAACAACCUCGCUGGACCUAUUCCAGAUAAUAUCUCUGCAAUCAUUCCUUUUGUGACAUCUCUUGAUCUCUCAUCCAACAAUUUUUCAGGAGGAAUUCCAAAGGCUCUAGCAAAUUGUUCCUAUUUGAAUAUUCUAAAACUCGACCACAACCGGUUGUCGGGUCAAAUCCCUCCAGAGCUUGGUUUGUUAGCUAGGAUUAAAACAUUUAGUGUAGCUAAUAAUCUUCUUACUGGACCAGUGCCAUCAUUCCUAAAUGCCUCCUUUUCAGGAGAAGAUUAUGCAAAUAAUCCUGGACUAUGUGGGGGGGUUUUGGAUGCCUGCCCUGGAUCUUCAAAGAGUCCUCACACUGGGGUUAUUGCAGGGGCUGCCAUUGGUGGGGUGACUGUUGCUGCAUUAAUUGUGGGUAUUGGCAUGUUCUUCUAUUACCGAAAGAUGUCUAAGAUUAAGAAGAAGAAGGAUGAUGACCCUGAAGGAAAUAAAUGGGCAAAGAGUUUAAAGGGAAUAAAGGGCAUUAAGGUUUCUAUGUUUGAGAAAUCGAUUUCUAAAAUGAAAUUGAGUGAUCUUAUGAAGGCUACUAACAGCUUCAACAAAGAUAAUAUCAUUGGGUCCGGGAGAACAGGGACUAUGUAUAAAGCCGUGCUUGAGGACGGCACUUCUCUAAUGGUUAAGAGAUUGCAGGAUUCACAGCGUUCUGAAAAAGAAUUUGUGUCUGAAAUGUCUACUCUGGGGAGCGUGAAACAUCCCAACUUGGUUCCCCUUUUAGGUUUCUGCAUGGCUAAUAAGGAAAGACUUUUGGUUUAUAAGUAUAUGCCAAAUGGCACCCUGCAUGAUAAUCUACACACUGUAGAUGAAGGUAAGAAGCCAAUGGAGUGGCCUCUAAGGCUCAAGAUUGGGAUAAGGGCAGCACGGGGAUUUGCGUGGCUCCAUCAUAACUGUAACCCCCGUAUCAUCCACCGAAACAUAAGCUCUAAAUGUAUCUUGUUGGAUGCAGAUUUUGAGCCUCAUAUAUCUGAUUUUGGUCUUGCCAGGCUAAUGAAUCCUGUUGACACUCAUUUGAGUACCUUUGUGAAUGGAGAAUUUGGGGAUUUGGGUUAUGUUGCUCCAGAGUAUGCAAAAACUCUGGUGGCCACUCCAAAGGGUGAUGUUUACAGCUUUGGAACUGUUCUUCUGGAGCUGGUGACUGGUGAGAGACCAACCCAUAUUGCUAAAGCUCCAGAAAGUUUUAAGGGCAGUUUGGUUGAAUGGAUUACUCAGCUGUCAAGCAACUCUCAACUUCAAGAUGCCAUAGACAAAUCUUUGGUUGGGAAGGGUGUUGAUAAUGAGAUUUUCCAGGUCCUUAAAGUUGCAUGUACUUGUGUACUGGCAAAUCCCAAGGAGAGGCCGACUUUGUUUGAAGUAUACCAGCUUCUAAGGGCUAUUGGGGAGAAAUACCACUUUACCACUGAUGAUGAAAUUAUGAUGCCUUCAGACAAUGGUGAUACUGAUUAUAUAGAGGAACUUAUUGUUGCUCAAGAAGUAAGAGGGGUUAAUUAAAAAGGUCCAUGGUAGGUGAACUAUUUUUCCAUAAUUUAUAUGUAAUUAUCUGUUGUUGUGCCCAGUUUAAAUCGAUGUUAAUAUUAUAUAUACUUUAAUAGCUCUUGUCAGUAUUGAGGAUUUGCUAUAAUGAUAUCACUUUACACUCUUCCAGCAUU